UUAUAUCGCGAGAUAUCUGUGUCUGGGGGAGUGAAUGAACUCGUCUUUAGAAAAAAAACACACUGUGCUUGAGUUGAAUGAUUGUGCAUUUCUUUCCUACAAAGAAAAGUAGAACAGCUCGUGCUUAAUACAGAUAACAGAUCCUGAACUUUUCAUCUGAACAAAUGGCGAUCGAAAACCUGCUUCCAGCCAACUUUGGCUAUGCAAUUUUUACGUAUUUGUACAGUUUUGUCAUGUUGAUGUAUCUCGGGGUCCAAGUUGGAAGUGCACGGAAGAAGUAUGGAGUAAAGUAUCCCACCAUGUACAGUGAUAAGGAGCAAGUGUUCAACUGUAUCCAGAGAGCUCAUCAGAACACACUGGAGGUGUAUCCACAGUGGCUGGUGUUCCAGACUAUUGCUGCAUUGGAGUAUCCUAUUGCUGCCUCUGUGUUAGGAGUCAUCUGGGUUACGAGCAAGUUCUCUUAUGCCUGGGGUUAUUACACUGGUGAUCCUGCUAAGAGGAUGCGUGGUGUAUAUGGAUAUAUCGGCCUUUUUGGAGUCAUUCUGCUUUCCAUCUCUGUUGCUCUCAAACUGCUUGGAGUCCUUUAAGGGAAACACCAACU